AAAUAAAACCCAAUCUCCUCGGCUCAUCUCUCGGCUAUUGACUCAUGUUGACGGCGCUGUCGGACAGAGUUUCACAAGGAAACGUGGACGUUCUACUUUACCUUCUUUUUCUCUGUUAACAUCGUUAACAGUCGCUUAAUCCGUUCAACACUCACGUCGAGAAAUAGUACGAAAUGACAGAACAGUCGUCGUUAUUAUUACGUAAACAAUUAGCAGAGCUCAACAAGAAUCCAGUGGAAGGCUUCUCUGCAGGUCUUGUAGACGAUGAUGACAUCUAUCUGUGGGAAGUGGUUGUUAUUGGACCUCAAGACACAUUAUUUGAAGGCGGUUUCUUUAAGGCCAACUUAACUUUUCCCCAUGACUAUCCACUGAGGCCUCCCAAGAUGAAAUUCAUCACCGAAAUCUGGCAUCCGAAUGUGGCAAAAAAUGGCGACGUUUGCAUUUCCAUCCUGCACGAACCCGGCGAGGACAAGUAUGGCUACGAGAAGCCCGAGGAGCGCUGGCUCCCGAUCCAUACCGUGGAGACCAUCAUGAUCAGCGUCAUCUCCAUGCUGGCAGACCCCAACGGAGACUCCCCGGCCAACGUGGACGCAGCUAAAGAGUGGAGAGAAGAUCCUAAAGGAGUUUUUAAGAAGAAAGUGGCUCGCUGUGUGCGGAGGAGUCAAGAAAUGGCUUUUGAUUAAAGGGCAAGUAGGUUUGGAUGGCUUUUCACACCACAGUUAAUUAGGAUCAACUCUCCAACCAGGAGGAUGUUUGAGUGUGGCUCUUUUCCAUACAGCCGGUCUCCUUCGAUUUAAUUUUCUCCUGCAGUUUUGACCUCAGUUUCCCCAUCAUCAGAUUAUACUCCACAUCACAGGACCGUUUUACCCCUCAGAUAAUUUCACUGUUUUUAUAAAGUUAGUUUAUAUUAACUAUUUAUUUAGUAAGGCUGUGUGAUGAUGCAUAUUGUCUGUUUUGGGUUUUUGAUUUUAUUUUCAGCCUGCCAUGCUGAGCCAUUAAAUCUACACUCAUAUCAGUGAUUAUGCAAUUUUGCAAAGACAUGAAAAUACACUUUUCUUUCCUUUCAGCGUA